AUGCGCCUCGUCGACCUUCGCGGACAGCCACUCCGCUCCGCCGUCUUCGACGGCGUCGAUAUGACAGGGGCCAGCUUGGACGGCGCCGACUUGCGCGGGUGCACCAUGUACGGCGCCAACCUGGCCGGGGCGCACAGCCUAUUUCUUUUUUACUGCCCCCGACGUGUUUCUUCUUUACCCCCAGGCACCCACCUGGCCGGCGCGAGCUUGCGCGGCGCGCUGCUGGCAAGCGCCAACCUGCAGGGCGCGAACCUGCAGGGGGCCAACUUUUCGGGCGCCGAGCUCACCGAGACGGACUUCACGGGGGCCGUCCUCACCGACGUCGACUUUAGCCGCGCGCUCAUGCGCCGCGCCAAGAUCUUCUCCGUGCAGCAGGGCGCGCGGGCGAUCUUCGACGGCGCCGACUUGCGCGACGCGCAGAUGACGGACAACGAGAUGCCCAACAGCUCGUGGGUCGGCACCGACCUGCGCAUCAACUUGAAUGGCCCCGCCAACCUCUCCUACAUCACCGUCUCCAACUCGUCCUUCCGAGACGCCUUCCUGCCCGGAGCCCUGCUCGUGGGAGCGCAUGCUCCCGGCAUCGACUUCUCGGGCGCCUACCUCCAACUCGCCGAGUUCCGUGGCGCCCACCUCGAGGGGGGCUCCUUCCGCAAGGCCCAGAUCACGGACGCGAACUUCGACUGGGCCUACCUCGACUCCACCGACUUUACCCUGGCCGUCGGCCGCGCCAAGGCGUCCUGGUUUGGCAUCCGAGGGUCCCCGACGGGCCUGCUGGUUGCCUAGAAGAAUCUGUGUCUGUGUCUGUAUACUGUUUGUGCACACACCACACGCAUCGAUAUGCAUGUGCUUGUGCACGGCAUGUGUCUCUAUAUGUAAAUAGGUGUGUAUGUACGUACGGCUCUCCCCAACAGAGGUAUGUACGCAUCGAUGUAUUGACGGCUUGUGUCUUGUCGGCCCCGCAUUGGGGGGUGGAGUGCAGUUGGGGGGUAGCCUCAGUUAGAAAG